GUCUCUCUUUUCUCUCUUCCUUGAUGCCUUUUUUUCUUCUGAGAAAUCUAUGGUCUUGCUCUCCUUCUCCAAAUCCGUAGCAGCUAGAGAACCUCGACGAAAUCAGAUUGGUGGCUAGGAUUGUGCUGGGACUCAGGUCGGAUCUCGAUAUCAACGACUCGUCGACGAUAUCGAACGAAUCGAUCUGCUGACGAACGAGACCUUUCUAUACGAAGUAGGCUGAUAUAACGGUCCAUGCGUCCUCCUUGUAAUCUCCUCGUCGUGAUCAAUGUAAGGCUGGUCCUGUUCGUACUCCAUCUUUGAUAUCCUCUCGUUGAAGAUUGAAGAACAGAGCAGAGAGAGAGAGAAAGAGAGAGAGGGAGGGAGGGAGGGCGCGACUUUGUGGAGAUGAUCUCCGAUGAUGAAGGCGAUGUGUAUGAUGCUCUGUCUUUGGAUUCUCGAACCCGUUGUUGCCCAUUGAAAGGAGAAAUAUUCUCUUGUCAAUGGACAGCAAUCACACAGCUGCUGCAUCACGGGAUGCUAUUCGUCCCCAUAGGCUAUACAUUUGGAGCAGGAAUGUUCAAAAUGGACUCGGUCCGUGGAGGCUCACCUUAUGGAGCCGGUGUGUUCGCUGGUGAUGGCUCAAGAGAAGCUACGGAGAUAGAGUUGGCUCUUGCUGAACAUCAAGGAAACUACAUGGCUUCAAUUGUCAAGAGACUUGCACAACCUUGAGAAGAAAUACAAAAGACAACCUUGGUGGCUUCUUUAUUUUCUUUCUCAUUUUAUUCAAUUCUAUCCAUUUUUUCUGAGUGUUUUUGAGUUUUGCCAUAAUCGGAAGAACAUUGAACCCCUUUGAUUAUGAAUUUUAAUGUAUGCUUUUAUUUUAAAUCAUUCAACUUUAAAAAAAAUGUUGAAUAAUAGUAAGUGAGAUGAAAGGUUUAUAAGUAUUAUUAUAUAUCUUUA